CUACGUUGCUGUGCCCGACGACCAUUGCCCUCGGCGGCCAUCAGUUAUGUGCGUACUACAGAGAGUAGAUGAGCAUCAGCCAUCCCAAACGUCAGUGGAACGGAAGGCAGCUAAGUGAUUAACCCUAGCGAGUUGUCUCCGUCGCCGUGCCCGACGACCAUUGCCCUCGAGCGGCCAUCGGCUAUCUCCCAAUCGCGUACUACACAGCUGUGUCGUUUCCUUACAUUCCCGUGUGAACAGACCAGGCUGUUGCGGGGGUGAACUCGUCAACACGAUAGAGAUUUAAUGCUUGAAAAUGGCUCUUGUUCGAACUCGAAUGGCGUCUACACCCUCCUUUUGUCAAUUCCUAUUUCGAUCUCUUAGCUCCAAUGCGGCAGCUAAAAGGGCGUCUCCGACAACCUCACCCCAGCAAAUGAUGAACCCGGCGUUCACGCUCGACGUGACCUCUCAAACCGGAGCAAGCAUGGCGCUAAAAGAGAUGCGGAUCGGAACCUACAUCCACAACCUUGAGAUGCGUCCGGGACAAGGCCCGAAGCUAGUCCGCGGGUGGGGCACGUCCGCGAAGAUCAUGACCGAGCCCAGAUCCGCUUCGGCCAGGCACUGCGAGAUCCAGCUCCCGUCCGGUGUCAAGAAAAUGAUAGACGUCAGGUGUUGGGCCACAAUUGGGCCCGCCCCCAACGCGUCCCACAACUCGAAGAAACUGUACAAGGCGGGCCAGAACAGGUGGCGGGGGAUCCGGCCCACGGUCCGCGGCGUGGCGAUGAACCCCGUUGACCACCCGCACGGCGGCGGAGAGGGGAAGAGCAAGAGUAGCGGGAGUCACGGGAAGGGCUCGCGGACCCCUUGGGGUAAGCCUACCAAGUGCGGCUAUAAAACUGCCUCCCUCAAGAGGAAGGUUUGAUGUGGUUUUGUUUGUUUGUUUGUUUCCUCUUUAACUGUGUUGCAAAUUGAUUGUUACACAGCAACAGUUAUAGUAGUUCCCCUGCUGUUAACAAUUCAUGACAAAAUAACUCUGCAUUUGUUACAUGAAUAAAACUAGGGUGCCCCCAAGUGGAUGCUUCCAUGGAGACACGAUACGUCUGUACGUGUCUCUGCAAGGCACAGAGGUGCUUAUCGAGGCAUCCAUUUAGAGGCACCCUAGCACAACCCUUGUUC